UACGAGCCGCGAGUGCGCCGCCGCCGGUACAGCUGCAAUCGUUGUAUAUCGGACUAAACGCCGAUAAUAAUAAUAUUAUAAUAAUAUCGUCGAGUGCGACAACGUGCCGGUACGCGGACGCGAUUAGAUCUGUCGGGCGCCCGCGGUCGCCUUAUCUCGCGGCCACUAUAGUGUCUGCGAGUGUGCGUGUGUGUGCGCGGCGCGAUAUACCUACACUCGCACAAAUAGACCCACACACGCGCAGGCAGUGUCUGUUCGGCGGCGCGCGUUCAACGUCUGUCGUGUGGUUGCGCAGCAGGCUAGCUGUAGCGAACGGGUCGUGGUCGCGGUGGUGCCGGGCCGUGUCCGAGGAAUACAAGACGACAUCAACAACAACAACGACGACGACAACGAUACAAUACAGCUGAUACACGAUAUUUACAUAUUAUAGACGUGCAGUGUUGUGACGGUGCUCUCGAUGGCGACGGAGGCGGAGAGGACGGCGGACGAAAACGCUUCAUCCGCGGUGCUGGCGAAAAUAUUAGCCAUGACGUUCCUGGGUGUGUCUUCGUUUGUGGCCGGCAGUACUCCAGUGUGCGUGUUCGAGCGGUUGGGCAUCCGGCGACGAGCCCGGGGAGCCGCGAACACCGCGCUCCGGUUGAUACUCAACUUUGGCGGCGGCGUGCUGCUAUGCACAACGUUUUUGCACCUGUUGCCAGAGGUCCGGGAGGGCGUCGAGCGGCUGACCGACGACGGGACACUUGACUCGAAAUCCCCCUUGGCCGGUCUGCUCGCCGAGCUCGUCAUGUGCGCGGGCUUCUUCUUCAUGUACUCGAUCGAGGAGCUGGUGCACGGGUUCGCGGGCGGCGACUGUCACGCGCACCACAGCCACAGCGGCAGCGGCCACAGCACCGCAGACCGCGGCGGCGGCGGCAGCAGCGGUGACGUCGCGGUGUCGCAACAGCGCCGGAACGAUGCGGCGACCGCGGCCGGCUAUCCGAACGCCGCCGGGUAUGACAAGGUGGACGCGGCCGGCCGGGUGGCCAACUACAACUCUUGCAUGUCCACUGUCGAGCUGGCCAAAAAACCUGGGCCGACCGUCAAGAACCCGGUGCCGGUCGAAGAGUCGUCAUCGCCGUCCGAGUCGGUCCUCCGCGGGUUCUUGGUCGUUGGCGCGCUCAGCAUACACGAACUGUUCGAGGGCCUGGCAGUCGGUCUGGAGAAAAAUCCCACGCAGGUUUGGUCGCUUACUGUGGCCGUUGCAUGCCAUAAGUUGGUCAUCGCAUUUUACGUCGGAUUACAGAUGCUUUCGGACAGGACGAAGCCAUUGCUAGCACACUGUUCAAUAUUGCUUUUUGCUGUCACGUCUCCGAUAGGUAUUGGUAUUGGCACUCUGGUCAGCAAUCUUGAAGAAACAAACACUGUGGUCCUAUUUUCAGUCGUUCUACAAGGAUUAGCUACCGGCACAUUGAUGUAUGUGGUGUUUUUUGAAGUGCUCAAACCGUCUGUUGGAAAUUUACAAAUUAAACAAAGAAUAUUACGACUAAUAUUUAUUGCUAUUGGUUUUGUAUCAAUGCUUUCCAUUCAAUUGCUUAUAACCGAAUCCGAAUAAUAUUUUCUCAACUAAUUUACAUAGACCUGAACGAAUUUAUCCUAUUGUGUUAGAUAGUUGUAUAUGACUAUUUUAUAUCAAUUUGUCAAUUUACCUACCUACCUUACGAUUACCAAGUGGACGCAUGAUAUGUGUAUUACUAUAUAUCAUAUAAUUUAUUCAUAACACUAAAUAUAUUAUAUGAUAAACAAAUAUUAAUAUAUUAUAUUAUACAUCAUAAAGAGUAGUAAAAUGUGAAUAUAUCAAGAAACCUAUUGCUAAAAAUAGUCGUAAUGAAAUAAUAAGUCAAGUCUUAUUAUUACAAUUUACAGAAUAAAAAUAUACCUAUAACACAUUAACACGUUAUAUAUAAAAUUGUAAAAGAUUACUUUACUACAGAAAGAUUGAAACUUGAAACUAUUAUUGACUAAUUAAACUGUCUUGAUUAAAUAUGUAUUUAAUAGGUAUUCAAAUGAUAUUGCCAAUAGGAUCAAAAUCAUAUCUUAUCACUUGGACGUAUAUAAUUACGUUAAAACAGUUAAUAUAUUUUAUCACUUAGGUAUCCAAUUCUUCAGAUUGGUUCACAUUUAUAUUCCAUACGUGUUUUCAUUGCUUAUAAAAUUCAAAUAAAAUUACAAAAUAUCAAAAAUACGUUAAUCGUAGGUAUUUUAUUUUUUACUAUGUUUUUUACUCAUAUUCUUCUAUUUAUUGGUCUUUGCAUUGGUCAGCGUGCCUAAGUAGCAGACAACAGUUAGUCAUCAUAAACCCUCUUCUUAGGGAGGAUUGUUUUAUCUCCAAGUGACUAAGUAGGUAAUGGGUGAAUUAUAAACGCAGUUCGAUAAAUAACAAAGUAUCAAAGUAAAAAAUUAUUAAAAUUAAAGGAACAAACAUUACGAAUAACGAAAUAUAUUUUCGAAAAUAUUUACAAUGACUUGUGACGUAUUAUUUAAAAUAAAUACAUUUUUUUUUUUGUUUUGUUUAAUUGUAAUCAAUAAGAAGUUGUUACCUAUACAGUCUAUACGCUAUAUUGGUAUAUAUAGGAUAUAACCUAUAUAAGUAAUAUGUUUUUAAUUAAGCACUAUAAAGUUAAGUAUUUACUAAAUUAUUAAUUUAGAUUACCUACCUAAUGACUAAUAUAUAUUUUAAUUUAGAUUAUAUUCAUAUAUUUUAUAAUUUUUUUAAAUGGUCAAUUUGAUAUUUUAAAAAAUAUUUAACAUUUUUAAACAUAAAAACGUCUGUACCUACUGUGAGUUUUGUAUAAACACGAUACUAAACAAAUCUAUAUAGAUACAAGGACCUAUAUAAAACAUAAGUGUAUUGCAAUAGUGAUUUUAUACUUAUAUGUAUUAUUCUAUUACAAAUUCACUGAGUAAAUACCGAAUUAUAUUGACUUAUAUUCAUAGGACUAUUUAUUAUUUAAUAACAAUAAUUAUAAUAUGACAUGAGUGUUUUGUUUAUAAAAUGUAUUAUUUGGGACUGUGUACUCGGUAAAAUAUAUAAACUAAUUAAGUAAAAACUAUGCAAUACUAAACUAAACAGUAGGUAGUUAAUAGCUUAUAGUUUAUACGCCGAGAUAAGAUAAUAUUGUAUUAUACUAAUAAUUACUAAUUACAUACAUAUGUAAAAGUUGAUAUUUGUGUUUUUAUUUUAAAUAAACGUUUGUUGAUUUUUGGAAA